GCUAAUUUGAAAACACUCCAGGAAGUGUAACUCCAUCAUGGUGGUUUGUUCUCAAACGUGCGUGUUGAUGGUGAUCUCCAUUUUGUCGCUCGUAAAUCAUCUCCAGUGUUUGCCCUUACCUGGGCCCCACCGUACAGACGAUGCGGAGGCAAAAAUUCAAGCUGACCGUGAGCUGCUGAAUACAGUGACCUACGUCGGAAACAACAAGGUUUAUGGAUUACUAUCAAACGAACAACCUGCAAUGCGUGAGGCCAAACUGGAGAAAGAAGACUUCGAUUCUAGCAUACUGACAAAGUUGGAGAAUGUGCAGAAAAAGUUCGUCGACAAGGGCAAUGUUCCAGCGCUAGUCGAUCAAACGCACCCGAAGGAUUAUUUUGGAAAUGACGUCAAAGAUGAGCCACUGUACAGAGGCUUCGUUGGAAUAGUCGAGCAGUUAUCCAAUGUGUUCAAUGCAGUCGUUGAGAAAGUGCCCAAGGGAGCGAUCGUUAAUCUAAACAAGAGUGUCCUUAACCGGCUCAAUCAAAUCGGUGCCGUGCUGGUUGGCCUCGAGGAUGCGAAAAAGAAGUGA